GUUUUGCGCACGUUCAUUCGUCUUUUGAAUUUCGCUUCGAACGGUUGUCAGUCUCUAUUUUGUGCAACCAGUUCAAGCAACUUGCCCCGCGCUUGAAAUAAAAAUAUUACUAGAAAAUAGUAAAGUAUAUUUUCUAGUAUAACAUUGACAUUUGGAUACAAGACUAUUUUCACUUAACAAGGUGGCUCGUGAAACAGAAACAGAGGAUACUAUCAAUUUUUAGCCAACCUGACUAUAGUUAAAAUAAAAAAAAAUAUCUACAACCCGCGCGUUUUCUGGUUGAUUAAUUAAAAAAGUGUGCGUGCGCUACAAGUGGAAAUAAAACUCGAUUUCUGGGCCCCCGAUUUUGGUUGCAACAUACAUUAUAACGGGAAGUGGCUCAACAAGUGGCUUGUGGAUUAUCUAAUAAAGCCCUCCCACCCAAAAAUCAUACAAAUGAUAUAGAUUGUACGGGGCUACUAAAAAAAAGAAUAUAUCAAUUUUAAAACAACCAAACGGCUCCAAGUGUGUGUGUAGUGUGCGAGCGGCUGCAUAUGUGUGUGAAUCGAGAAACGCAGAGCAGCAAUAACAACAACAACGAUACAACGGCAACGUCAACACGCAACAACAAAAACAACGACAGCGGCUGUGAGUGCGACGGGGACGGCAACAGCGUGAGUCAUAUUAGUGAAAUGAAAAUGCGGAUAAAGCGAGAAGCGCCGUGUCUUCUGUUAUUUAUGCCAAUCCAAAAUACCAACAACAACAAUCGCAUUGGUGCCAAUCAGAAGGACUAUCCCAACAAGCGGUCCAGGGAGAAUCUGGCAUGUGACGAAGUGACAUCGACGACGUCAUCUUCAACGGCAAUGAACGGACGGACGCCGGUCUUAACCCGCAGCUGCUCUAGUCCGGCGGUCUACGAUAUAGAAACACACCCCGCCUCGCCCGUGUUCCCGCAUCUGCUGCUGGGCAAUGGACGCGACGCCGACGAUCCCAGCAGCGUGGGCGCCAACUGUGUGCUGAAUGUUACCUGCCAAAGUCCCAACGAGAGCCAUCUGCAGGGCCUCAAGUACAUGCAAAUACCUGCCAGCGAUACGCCCCAUCAGAACAUCAAGCAGUACUUCCAGGAGGCCUUCGACUUCAUCGAGGAUGCGAGGAAAACGGGUUCCCGGGUGCUGUUGCACUGCCACGCGGGGAUUUCGCGAAGUGCCACCAUCGCCAUCGCCUACGUCAUGCGCUACAAGUCGCUCUCCCUGCUGGAGGCCUACAAACUGGUGAAAGUGGCCCGGCCGAUCAUCUCGCCCAACCUGAACUUCAUGGGCCAGCUGCUGGAGCUGGAGCAGAAUCUGCGCAAGAGCGGAGUCCUGGCGCCAGCAACCCCACACCUGAACAGUCCCUGCAAUCCUUCGGGAUCUUCGGUGGGCUUGAACGCCCACUCAACUAGUCAACUGGUGGAGCAGCCAGAGGAGGAGGAGGUCGAGGAGAAGAAGUCCAAGUCGGACAGCGAGGCCAUGGACGAGGACGUGUACGACUACGAUGAUGUGGACAGUGGUGCCGGCAGUUUGGCCGGCAGCAAUUGCUCUUCCCGUUUGACUUCGCCCCCAAUAACUCCGGACGACGAGGCGCCCAGUACUUCGGCGGCAGCCUCGACGGUCUCGGAGCUCGAUUCGCCCAGCUCGACCAGCAGCAGCGGCAUCUGCUCCCUGCUGCAGUCCUCCAGCUCAUCCGUUUCAUCCUGCGCAAUCAGCAAGCCAAAUCUGCUGUCGCCCACAAGGCAGUUGGCUCUGUUCAAGCGGAAUUCGCCAGCCAAACUGCGGCUGGAUCUGGACUCCAGCUAUGCGCCCGCGUCACCCAUCCUGGGGUCCACGCCCUGGGUCUCGGUACCAUCCACGCCCGUCUGCGAGGAUGUGUCGGAGGCCAGGAACAACCUUUUGGCCAGGAACUCGACGAGGGACUGAGACAGGAUCCCCGCGAAGAGCCGCCGCCAAACAGCAGCUGUGAAACGAAAGAAAAUGUACAGCCAAUUGCCGCACUCUUUAUGAUCAAAAUUAGAAUUGAUAAAACUGUAUUUUUCUUCAAAAAUCUGUAGAAAAUGACCAAGUUUUUAUAGUACUUUAUCACUCCAGGACUACUGAAACUAAACAAUUUUUUACGCAUCUGAACAAAGUAUGGAUUUUAUCAAAUCAAAAACGGCAAGAGGGCUGAUACUUCCUAUGAAACAAGGUGAUGCUAAAUGCUAAAUGCUAAAUGGUAUAUCAAAGGCCACCUUUGCAACGUGUAAAUAAAAACGUUUAACACUGUACAUACAAGCGUACCUAAAACAACACACACAAGGAAAUGGAAUACCAACUGCAGCUUAAACUAUUUGCAAUACAUUUUAAGGGCUUUUGUAAUGUAUUUCUUCGUUUCCCCGAACCAACACAAAAACAAAACACCUACAAUAAUCCAAAACAAGAAACUGGAGAAAUUGAUUGAGAGAAGAAAAACCUCGUAUAUUUUAAUUUAGUUUAAAUUUAAUUUUAAGCGAAUCUUAACUAUACCUAUAUACACAUAAACUAUAUUAAACUUCACAUAGAACAAUGAAAAUCCAAAAUGCACUGCAACUCUUUCUGCUGACUUGCCACACAAAAAACUACCUUACCGGAUUCCCAAAAAUUUGAGAAACCCCGCCAUAUACACAGCAAAGAUCUUAUCAAAACUGUUCUAAGUUUUAUCAAAAUCCGACAUAGCCACACCCACACUCUAAAAAUGCAUGUAAUUAAGUUACUUUUUGAAAGUGAGAGAAGUUUGUGUUUUCUAGUUUUAGUUAUUUAUAUGAAGCGAGCGCGUGAGAGGAUGAUGAAUGCGAUUUAAUUCAUUUAUAUUAGGCCGUAAAUUUUAUAGGCUAAGCUACACCUGAAAUGUGUAACCCGUGUGUUAAGUAAACGGAAAUUAUAAUAGUAACCAAA